AUGGCAAAACUAGCGAGCCGAGGUGAGGAUGUCGAAGUCCGCAACCGACUGCCCACGUUGAUGGAGGUUCUUGGAAGGAGGACUUUGGCUCCAGUCGAUCUCUUCUCAUUCUACAUUUACAUGCGCGAUCAACAACGCUCGGUGGACUACCUGGACUUCUGGCUCGAUGUAUCUCAACACAUGUCCUUAUGCCGCCACUACGUCCGAGAACUGCGCCGUUCGAUGCUCGUCGACACGCCAGAGAUGGAAAAGACUACCAGCAAAAGGUCCUCGGCGUUGCUUGAACAGUUUGAAUUGGGUGAAGGAGCGGACUCAAGAAGGAGUGGCCAGGAAUCAAGGGUGUCUGCCAUCUUAAGAUCAGACAACGGAGGCGCUGCCGCUGCAGGCGCCAGACCACCCCGAAGCAGAGGAGAAGGAGGCGCCGGUGGUGCCAACGAUCACUCCCCAGCACAUAGCAUGGGAUCCGUACAUUCCAGAAACGUCAAUCGACCCUCCGGCGACCGGCCGUCUCCUUCAGAACUACCACAACCCACCUAUUCCACUCCUGAAGUGCGGACAGAUUCAAAUUCUCCUGGGCAUAGUGUCGCUAGGGCCGACAUUAAAGCCAGCGCGGAGAAGAUCCUCUACACCUUUGUGCUGCCUGGAUCGGAGCGAGAAAUUGUUCUGCCAGACACAAUGCUGAAUAGGAUUAUUCGAGCAAUUGAAGAAGAAGGACGAGACGAUCCGGAGGUAUUUGACGACGCCAAGGACUACGUCUUUCAAGCGAUGGAAAGGGAUGCAUUUCCAGGGUUUUUGCAGGCCAAAGCUUUGGGAAAUCUGGUCCCGUUGAGUGUGCUGAUCAGGCUGGCUAUUGGCCUGGCGAGCUUGAUGGCCGGGUUUUGGGCCGGUUAUUACAUGAUUCUGAGAGAUAGGUCGAGGGCUACUCGUUGCUGGCUUAUCUUUCCCUUCACAAUCGGCUGCUAUUUCCUCGUCUCCUACCAAUACAAACUCGACAUCAUUGCCGCUUACCUGGGAUUUAGUGAAUACACGUGGAUGAACUGGUCGCGAGUCAGGGAGCCGUUUGUGCGUCGACUGCUUCUCACUCGAGCAACCAUUGCAUUCUUGAUGUUUGCGGCGGCGGCGGUGGCGUUAAGUGUCUUGUUUAUAUUUGUGCCGGGUACCAGGUUCUAG